GCGCCAUCAGCCUGACGGAUCCUGACACUAGAUGGCGAUAUAUCAAAUGCAACACAAGAAGAACGACACUAAAAUCAACAUGGCGUCAUGCAGUCGGACUCAAGUGAUCUCGCUCUACAGGAUGCUUAUGAAAGAGAGCAAAAAAUUCCCCUCAUAUAAUUACAGAACAUACGCACUUCGCAGAGUGAAAGAUGGCUUCAGGGAGAAUCUUCAUGUUGACAACCCUAAAACACUGGAUAUGCUCAUAAAUCAAGCUAGAGAGAAUUUGGCGGUCAUCAAGAGACAGGUUUCCAUUGGCCAUCUGUAUUCUGCUCAGAGGACUGUUGUUGAAAGAGAGCAUCAUUUAUAAAUGUGUUCAGCAUCAAGAAUAGUGCCCAUACAGUAUGGUUGCGAAUGACAAAUCUGUGUAACCUAUGAGCUGCACCACUAGUCGACUGUCUGUGUAAAAUUGUAAUGUAUUAGUGUAUAUUGUAAAUGUAUGUUGUUGUAAUAUUCUUUUCAGCAAUUAAAUAAGAUGCAUAUAAAGCAUGGCUAGCAUCCACCAUUUGUAAAAACUACUUAGCUUUGCAGAUCAAUAAGCCAUAUUACAAUACUAAACAUACAGGAAGAUCCCCUUAAGUACUUUUAAAUUGUAACAUAUUUAGAUAUAGGUUUAGCAUGUGCAAAAUGAUGAUGCAUCAGCCAAUGCGUUAUUAAGGGAAAUAAAUAAAAACAUUUGCUAAUUGAGUUGUCAUUGCACAAAAUGUAAAAUUACAGGUGUAAGAUGCUGAAUCAUAGUAAAACAGAUUCAUCUAAAAAGUAAAUGUAUUCUAUGACUUAUAUAAAAGCAUAUGAAUAUAUACAUAUUUAAUUGCCCAUGUUUUAAUUGAAGAUAUGUCUUAUACUCUGAAUGAUUAUUCUAUUUUCUAUUUAUUAAAUGAAUAGCAAACAUGUCUGAAAUGUAUAACUCAUGGAAUUAUUAAAAAGUAAUAACAUCA